UCGCUACUAGCUUUCUAGCUAGCAAGUUGCUAAUCAAUGAGCACAGCAGCAACGAAAACUUUUACAGGGAUAUUAUGACUGAUGAUCAUGUACGACUGCUGGCGAUGUAAAAAAAUAACAUUUAUCCAACGUUGCUACCUUUAAAAAAUCACUAACAAAAUUGUACGGGUGAGUUUUGUGCCAUUUAUGCUAAUUUUCUGUACAAAUAACAAGCAGUACCGUUAGCAAGCUAAGUGCAACUUGGUGUUAGAGAUAACGCUAGCAGAGCCGGCUACUGUUUUGAUUUCCAAGGCCUGAAAGAAACGUAGUUAACAUCGCUAGUCUGAAAGCUAGCUAGCUGGUGAUUUAUCCGUCUGACUCAGACAUCUAAUAACCAUUGAGCUGCCAUUGUGACCGUAUUGACAUCGAUGUUGUAGUGUUAAUAAAUAAUACGAUCUUUAUUGAAGUCUGUUUAUGUGCUGAUCGUUUAAGGAUCUUCGCAGUAAACGCACAUAUCAGUUAUGUACAUAUUAUUCCGGCUAUAAUUCAGCCUAAUUAUUUAGCUACACGUCGUUAGCAAGCUGUUUUCCUUCCUAAUGCUGUAGAUAAUUCUCAUAGUUUUCUAACGCAACAGUUUUGUGUUUAUCUUCUCACUUAGCUACUGUUAGCUAACAGUGCAACUUGUUAACCGACUUUUCUUACAAGGACAUUUCUUAUCAAAAAAGUAGUGCGUUUUAUUAUAUUGUUUUGUCUUGAUACAGUUUGCAAGGCCUUUGGUUUUGGACCGUCCAGUAGUCUUAAUAUACCUCGAUAAUAAGCUGUGUACUUUUUGAUAAUUAGAAUUAUAAAUGAAUUGAAUUGUUUUCUUCAUUAGAUUCCUGGGAACCAAUGAGAUAAAGCUGCCUUCUGGCUCAACCAGAUGUGGGGUAUGCAGCCAUAAGUAAAAACAGAAUUAACCGUAGUUUAAUUUUCAUAUCAGGGAGAAAGAAAUAGUGUAAAUGUAGAUUUUGGACUUUCAAUUACCCUAAUUUUCAUCUUGUAAAUGUUUCACAUGAUUUGUGGAAUGUAAACUUGCAUGUUUUGCUCAUUGAAUAGUGAUUUAUUUGUGACUGUCGGUAAUCAAACACCAUCACCUUCCUUGCUCAAUAAUUUUCUUUAUUUGUCCUUUAACAUUCAGUUAGGUUAGCACUAGUACCCAGCUGUCAAGAAGGUCGAGAAGCAAAGGUCCAUGACAAUCGACUGUUUUUUUGGAGCCACACAGCCACAACAAAGUAACUCAGAAAGAUGAACAUCGAUGACAAGUUGGAUGGGAUUCUGAUUCAAUGUGGCACUGUGAACAUACACCACACAGCCCAAACCUUAGCACCUUCUGUGUUGGACAAAAGGGGAGGAAGAAACUUGGAUAUGUCUCUUGGAGAAAAAAGCUUGGCCAAUCAACCCCUGCUUGCUGAUGAUGACGAUGAGGAAGACGAAGAUGACGAUCUGGCCGGUGAGACGCUGGCCUCACACAACCUCAUCUCACAUGAUGAACUUAUGGUUCAUGAGGAGACUGUGAAAAACAAUGCAGCUGGAGAACAAGAAUUCUCUCAUCGACUUUCCCACAAGCUACCAUAUACUCUACAAAUGCCUGUGAAUAUUAAACAGGAACUGAAGCUGACAGACCCACUAAUUCUCAAUAAAAAGGACAAGAAACAGGAGAGGGAUCUGACAGAAUCUCACAAAAAGAAAAAAAGAAAGCAGCGGUCUCCUGCAAAGAUUCUUACCAUUAAUGAAGAUGGCUCACUGGGACAUCAGAACCCAAAGUCACACGUCUGUGAGCACUGCAACGCUGCUUUCCGAACAAAUUACCAUCUACAGAGACAUGUCUUUAUCCAUACGGGAGAAAAGCCUUUUCAGUGCAGUCAGUGUGACAUGCGUUUCAUUCAAAAAUACCUGUUGCAGAGACAUGAGAAAAUUCAUACAGGAGAAAAGCCAUUUCGUUGUGAUGAGUGUGGAAUGAGAUUCAUCCAGAAAUAUCAUAUGGAGAGACACAAAAGGACACACAGUGGAGAGAAGCCCUAUCAGUGUGAUUAUUGUCAUCAGUACUUCUCCAGGACUGAUAGAGUUCUGAAGCAUAGACGUAUGUGCCAUGAAAAUAAGGAGAGAAAGGUCCAUAAAGCAGCUGCCAAAGUUGGCCUUCUACCCAGCACAGAAACUCUCACAUUCUCCUUUCCAUCCAAGGAGAGCACUCUACCUAAGAAAAAGCGCCAGAAGUCCACUGAUAAGAGCAACACCGUUGUCCAAAACAUUUCUGUCCCAGAAAAAGUUGUGGAGGGCGAAGAGAAGAAAGAAGAAGACAGACUCUGCAAAAGUGAAUGUCUUCCUCUUUAUGAUGUUGCCACCAAGGUAAAGGAUGAGUAUGUAAUGACAGAAUAUUCUGUCGAACUCCCAGAUUGUUCUCCCGGAAGCAGGGAACUUACUGGGGAGGCAUCUUCUGAUGAGAUCACACCUCCAAAGAUAGUGCUGAAGAAGAUCGUUAGCAAGAAGAAUGUAAAGCAGCAGACUUUGGAACACUCACAGCCUUUGUCACCCUUGUCAUCAUACGAGGAGGGAAAAGUCACAAGAUAUACAUUUGAAAUUGUUGAUAACAAAGGCCUUUUGGAUGUUGAGCCAAGCACUGACUUGGAGACUGUUGAUCCACUCCAGGUUGGGCCAACAAAGCCAGCUGGCAGCAGCACAAACUAUGAUGAUGCCAUGCAGUUUCUCAAGAAGAAGCGUUACCUUCAGGCGACCAUGGCCAAUAACAGUCGGGAGUAUGCCCUGAACAGCAUCUCCUCACAGCCCUCAGUUACUCAGACAGCUGUGGCCACGGUCAUAGAUGAGACUGUCCCUGCCACAAUCCUGUCCGAGACUCAGACUCUGAACGUGGAGAUCAAGUCGAGCCAUGAGAAGAAUGUGCUCCCUGAUGAAGUCCUACAGUCUCUCCUGGAUCACUACUCCAUCAAAGCCAAUGGACAACCAGAGAUCAGCUUCAGUGUAGCAGACACAGAAGUAACUUCCAGCAUCUCCAUCAAUUCAUCUGAUGUAUCAGAGAGCAGUCCUACUGAGGCCUUGGGUACUAGCUCCCAAGCACCCACUGCAGAAAAGGCUAGUCUUCUUCAAGAGUAUUCAAAGUUUCUCCAGCAAGCUUUAGAGAGGACCAGUCAGAAUGACAGCUACCUGAACAGCCAGAGCCUAGCGUUUGUGAAUGAAGGAGCAAGCCUUGGAGGGCAGCCUUUAUUUUCCACAGACAAGCAGUUUGGUUCACCUAGUCGGUUUCGAUCAGGUAUGAACUCUCCGCUGAGACUGGAUAAACCUCACUUUGGUCUUUUAGUUGAUUCCCAGCACUCAUUCUCAUUUUCAGGUGAUGAAACCAACCCGUCUUCAGUGUCACCAACUGAGGACUUUCUGGAGCAGGUGUCCCCCAAAAAAUCAGACACUCAGGGCAUUACUCAAACGUUUCAGAUUGCAACAUUUGAUCAGAACUUUCGAUCUCAGUUCCAGACCACCCGGUCCGGACUAUCUUCGCAAUUUAGUGUUUCCAAUGGACAGGUCAGCAUAAGAAGUCAUGGAGGAUCAGACUUUCCAGAAUUCUCUCUCGUUACUGAAACCAGAACUCAAUUGAGCGCUUCUCCAGAUGCCACAAGCAGCCAUACAUUUGGCUAAAAAAAAAAAAAAAAAAAGCUAUUUAAAAAAUGUACUUGUUUAAAAGCACUUUAUAUUCUUGCUCUGCGAAUGUAAGCAGCACCACAUUGGAUGUUCGUCUCAUGGCAAGCAUUUGAACUCCAGAUGUUCUCUUUGUAUUGAUCUGUGUUGUUUUAAUCAUGCAGGAUGAGAAUCAUUUUAGGAAAUUUUUGUUUUUCAGCACACUCAUUUAACGUCUGUGUACAUGUAAAAGGCACUUUUCUGUAUUUUCUUUUAAUUCUAUAAGUUCCUCUGCACAUCAUACUGCACAACCAGUCUCUCUAAGAGAGAAUUUACUUUCUUACAGUAACAUACAGAUAAGCUCUUAAAUUUCCAAUGUAAACUCAUGAAUUCAUAAUUUUAUAUAAUGAAAUUAUAUAAUUCUAAAAUAUUUUUGCACAACACUAUGAAGGUAAUAUUAAUUUUUUUUUUAUUUUAAAAAGGCUCUUAAAUUAUUUUGGAGCUAGAUGCAGCUCUGAUGCAUUGGUUUAUUUGUAGGUACCUUGAUUGACACCUUAAUUUUCUUUGUACAAAAAAGGUAUCAUCCAUGGAACUAAUAAUCCAUGACCCUAUGAGAUGAAAUUAAAUUAAUUUAGGUUUUGCUGGGAGAGUAUACCUCAGAUACAGCGUGGGGUAUUGAAUAAAGAUAUCAACAUUUAAGUACAUUCCUCAAGUUGUAUUUUUCACUAAUGAAGCUUAUUAAGUAGGUGUACCUAAAAAGUUUUUUUCCUGCAUGUAGUGCCUUUUUGUGUAUCUGUGAAUUAUUAAAAAAAAUGAAAAAAAGUUUUUUUUUUUUUUAUUUUGUUUUUUUUUUUUUUUUUUAGUUAUGACCCUGAACCUAAAGAAACGAAUGAUUUUAAAUAGCUAAACUGUUACAUUUGCACUUGUAAGGGCGAAAUCAGUGCUUUUUAUACCCGGAUUUUUGAUUCAACUGGAUCAAUCCCAACCUCAAUAACAAUGAUUAUUUCUCUUUUUUCUGAAGCACAUUUUCCAGUUUCCUCAUUACAAUUAUGGAUAUCUUUUAUGGGGUCAGAGAUUGGUGAUGUCUUUAUUUGUUAUGUUAUUCUAUUGUGUGUUUGGUAGUUAACCAUCAAAUAUAUGAAAUUGGGAAAUUACAGUUGAGUCAUGUAGCUUUAAUCAUUGUCUUUGAAAUAUGAACUAAACUUUGCCUUGUCUAUCUCUAAAUUGACAUUCAUGUAUUCAUUGCAUUGUUUGAUGAAACAAAUGGUGCAUGGCUUUGAUCUUUGGUACUUUUAUUUAGUAUUUAUAACCCUAAUUAUCGUUAAUGUACGUCUUACAUCUAACAAUGAAUCACAUAAACAUAUAAUUUCUGUAUGUUUUAAUUUCUCUUUUUUGUGUGUUGAAAUAUCUUAUCCAAGUCCCUAAGCUGUAAUUCAUGCAUGCUGGUUUUUAAAACCUACAGGUGUGCCAUGUUAAACUUUAGACCAAAUUCCAUUGUAAAGAGAUAUUUAUUAUAAAUUACAGUUACUGCUCAUACUUAAUUUGAAAACAUUCCCUCAUUUGACUCUCAGAUGUGUCUCGUUAUCUGCAUAUAUGUUUGUAUGUAUGUAUAAUGAAUAUAAAAUGUCUACACACCCCUGUUAAAUUAACAGAUAUUUCUGAUGUAAAAAAUAUAUUUUUUUUAUUCUUACUGUGAAAUUACAUGUAUAAAAAGUAAGCAAAAGAAAAACAUUUUAUUUAUUUAUUUUUUUUAGAAAGGGGGGGUGUUGGUGAAGACAAUAGGCAAUUAUUCUCAUACCUUUAUGGGUAAGAGUCUUUCAGCAUGGUACAACUUGACUUGGCAGUAUUUUCCUACUCCUUGUUGCCAAAACAUGUAUGGGGGCAUCACAUGCACAACACAGAUUUUCAGUUGCAUUCAGGUCUGGUCUCUGGCAGUCAUACUAAAUACAUAUCUCCUGAAGGUUUUAUACUAAAAUUGACAGAUAUUGGUAGAUAUUCAGGUUUCCCCUCAACCUUGGUAAAAGUCCUAGUCUUGAAGAAAAGCAGCCCUAAAACAUGAUGCUACCACCACUAUGCUGCACUGUGGGUAUAGUGUACUUUUCAUGAUGCACCAAACAUACCUUAUGGAGUUGGUGUCAUUAAACCAUAACACAUUUUGCAACACAUGGUUUGAGGUGAUUAGGUUGAGGCCAACUCCACUUUUGUUUUUGUCCAGACAUGGAAAGAAUGAGACAUCAUUGUCACAUGCUGAGAAGAAACAGUACUUUUUAGAUAUACCUGCAGCUACUUUAAUGUUGCUGUAGAUUGUGUACUAUAUUUCUAGCAGCCUCCUGGGUUAGUUUUUUCUUGUCCUUUUAGAAAUUGUGGAGGGACUUCCUUUUCUUGGUGACGUCACAGUGUUACUCCAUUUGUUGAUGAUGGCUUUUAAGGAUUUUUUUUCAGAAGUCCUACAGAAAAAGCUGAUCUUAAAUUGAUGUUAAUAAUUAUUUCAUUGACAGCUACAUUAUAACUACUUAUGAAUAUGAACAUGGACGUGAUUGGUUCAUUGGUUCAAAUCAACAAUUAUGAAAGGGUGUGCACAGAACUUUUUUUUUAAAUUCAUCCUAUUUUUUUCCUAUGAUUGAGCAUUUUACACUUAUUUUUUAUAGGUUGUAAGUUUGGAGGUGUAAAUAUUUUUUUUACAUGAUUCAUCUUGGUUUCUUUUAUUUAACAUCACAAACAUUCUGCCAUUUUAAAAAGGGGUAUGUGGACCUUUUAUAUCCAUGUAUGUAUGUAAGUUGUACAUUUUUAACUGCACAUUUUGUUUUGUGUAUGCUAAGAGUGAGAUGGAGAAACUGGUGAUAUUUGGGAUCUCUGUGGAUUUUUAAAUGAAUGUACUCUGUUAAUUCAAUCUGCAUAAUCCUGUUGGUUUUGGCCUCAAUGAACACUGCUCAUGUUACUGUUGAUUCAUAGAGACUAGUUUUUUUCUCUCUGUCACUUCCUGAAGUUGAAAAUACCACAGCAGAUAAUCUGAUUUAAUUUCAGAGAAGUUCAUAUCUAUUUCUCUUGCAUUAUUUAAGCAGAUUCAUAAUUGUGCACUCAACAAAAAGCAGCUUUAUAUAUCAUGCACAUUCUGAGCACAAUUUGAAGUGUUUUUUUAUGUUAGUUAGUUACAGGGUUAAAAUCCAUCAGGUUUCAAAUUAUCCAGGAUUUCACUCAAGUCAAAAUGAAGUGAGAUCACUUUUCAUUUACCUUUGUAUGAUAUUGUUUGAUAUUGGUAUAAUAGUAUUAUUUUCUUUUACUGCUACAGACGGUUACAUUAAUUCUGACCCCAACCCCAUACAUUGGAAUUAUGGGAGCGUCUAUAUGAAUGAAUAUGUCUCUUUUCCCUUGUUAAAAUUGAUAUAAUUAACUGUUGAUGCUUUCUGAUCUUCUUAGUUAUAGACAUGUCUAUUAUCAAGUUGAUGUGGGGUGCAUGUCCACUGUUUUUUUUUAAUACACUGGUUAUAUAUUUUUAUAUGUAUGUAUUUUAUUGUAGCCAGUUUAUUCCAUAGAACACCAUUCAUUUUAUGCAAUAUGAUGUAUAGAUCCUGGAAACUUUUUUUUUUUCUUGAUUGCAUCUCUUGUGUAUGUCCUUUGAAAUACAACAGAAGAACUCAGUGGUGUUUCUUUUAAUUGCUUUUUAAUUUAUCCCCCUCCUUGUUCUCUUUGUUUUCACCUUGUUCACUUUGUUUCAAUUAUGUUUCACAAUUGUGUUUCACUUCUCUGUAGUGAAGCUACAGUAGAUCCCUGUCCUGGCUGCCAUAUGUCAAUACACAGAGUCAACAGAGACUUUCCUUUUGUCAACAUACCUGGCUGAAUACCAAUGAUAUCCCCAUAUAAUGUGUUGAAUUCUGAGUGUUUUGUAUGACUAGAUGUAGCUUUUUGUCAUUUAGUGAAUUCACUCAGACCUUGUUUUUCAUAAUCCUCCAGAUAAUGAUUGUCCAGCCUCCACAUAAAAAUGAAAUAAAACCA